ACAAAGCCCUGGCUUUUCUUUCUGCACUGAUCUUCGCUCCCUCUUCUCCCCGCCGUUGUCCGGAGAGAGAAAGAAACCUAACCCUAACCCUAGAAGGCGAAGGAGGAAGAGAAAGAGAGCGGACCUAGAAAGAGGAGCUUUUGUGAUGGGAUUCGACGUGGGCGUCGUGCCGUUCAACCCCGACGGAUGGGGACCGCCGGACAUGCCGGCGGCGCCCCUCUUCCCGAAGCGCGAGGGUGGCGGAACCCACCAGGCGAACAUCCCCUUCGCCCCCUUCUCCAGGUCGGAGAAGCUGGGCCGCAUUGCCGACUGGACCCGCAAUCCCAACUUCAACAACCCCGCCGCCCGCUCCGCCGGCGGCGGCGGCCGCGACGCCGUCUUCGACUUCGCCCUCGACGAGUCCUCCGCCCUCGCCGCCGUCGCCGACGAUGACUCCUCCUUCCGCCUCGUCGACGGCAAGCCCCCCCCGCGCCCCAAGUUCGGCCCCCGCUGGCGCUUCCAGCAGCGCCCCCAGCUCCCCCAGCGCCGCGACGAGGAGGUCGAGGCCCGGAAGCGCGAGGCCGAGAAGGAGCGCGCCCGCCGCGACCGCCUCUACCACCUCCACCGCUCCUUCGCCUCCGGGCCCGCCGCCGGCGCCGCCCGCGGCCGUGACUCCCCCGCCCUCAAAUCCUCCGUCGACAUCCAGCCCGAGUGGACCAUGCUCGACCAGAUCCCCUUCUCCACCUUCUCCAAGCUCUCCUUUGCUGUCCCUGACCCUCCCGAGGACCUCCUCGUCUGCGGCGCCCUUGAGUUCUACGACCGCUCCUUCGACCGCAUCAACCCCAAGAACGAGCGCCGGCUCGAGCGCUUCAAGUCCCGCAACUUCUUCAAGGUCACCACCACCGAUGAUCCCGUCAUCCGCCGCCUCGCUGCCGACGACAAGGCCACCGUCUUCGCCACUGACGCCAUCCUCUCCGCCCUCAUGUGCUCUCCCCGCUCCGUCUACUCCUGGGAUAUCGUCAUCCAGCGCGUCGGCAACAAGCUCUUCUUCGACAAGCGUGACGGCUCCCAGCUCGACCUCCUCUCCGUCAACGAGACCUCCCAGGAGCCCCUCCCUGACGCCAAGGAGGACAUCAAUUCCGCCCACUCCCUUGCCAUCGAGGCCACUUACGUCAACCAGAACUUCUCCCAGCAGGUCCUCCUCCGUGACGGCAACAAGGUCACCUUCGACGAGCCCAACCCCUUCGCUGCCGAGGGCGAGGACGUCGCCUCCGUUGCCUAUCGCUAUCGCCGCUGGAAGCUUGAUGAUGACACCUACCUGGUUGCCCGCUGCGAGGUCCAUGCUGUGGCCGACGUGAAGGGGCAGCGCUCCUUCAUGACUCUCAAUGCCCUCAAUGAGUUUGAUCCCAAGUACUCGGGCGUCGACUGGAGGCAGAAGCUUGAGACCCAGAGGGGGGCUGUGCUCGCCACCGAGCUCAAGAACAAUGCCAACAAGCUUGCCAAGUGGACCGCCCAGGCCCUCCUCGCAAGCGCUGACCUGAUGAAGCUUGGGUAUGUCUCGAGGGUCCACCCCAGGGAUCACUACAACCAUGUGAUCCUCAGCGUUGUCGGGUACAAGCCAAGGGAUUUCGCUGCCCAGAUCAAUCUCAACACCUCAAACAUGUGGGGGAUCGUCAAGUCGAUUGUGGACAUCUGCAUGAAGCUCAAUGAGGGUAAGUAUGUGCUUGUGAAGGACCCCGCGAAGCCCCAGGUUAGGAUCUAUGAGGUGCCUGCAGAUGCAUUUGAGAAUGACUAUGUGGAGGAGCCGCUGCCCGAGGAAGAGCAGGUACAGCCACCUACAGAGGAGGAAGAUCCUGCCAGCAUCAUGGAUGCUGUGGCUGAAGCUGAGGCCACUGCUUCUGCUGCUGCUGCUGGUGAAGCUGCUGAGGGUGAGAAGGAUGCUACUGCUGCUACCGUUUGAAGGGUACAAGCAAUUAUUCCUUCCUAAUUGAGUCUUUUGAAAUCUUGGUCUAGUAAUUAUGAGUUCUGGCGUCAAGGAUUAUCUAUAUAUCUAUUAUUGCAAUAUAUUAGUACUCAUGUUGUUUUGAUUUGUGAGGGGACUAUCUUCUUUUAUAUCAUGCUUAAUUGAUGAGCCUCAACUUUUAUGGCCGAGGCUUUCUUUUUGUCAACAGGAAAAAAAAUAACUUUGCGAGGAUGACGUGGCUUGCCAUGCUAUGAGGAGAAUAUUUAUUAGCAA